CCGCGAAUUGCGGGCGCAUCCUAGGGACCUAAACAUCCUAGACAACCUUGCACCUCACCUGCCAAGCCAUCACCACCACCACUCACCAGUGCGACUACCCGUUACUCUUCUUCCAUCAUCACAUACGCACACGUUCAUCGGCCUACUCGAAAACUGCACUCAUACUGACCAUAACGGUAGCUUUGGCAUAGGUAUUUCCUACAUUGACGCGACGAACGAAUCCGGCUAUUCUUGGACGGCCUCCCUGGCCGAUUUCAACACCGCUACGUUGCAGAUCAAACUGCGCGUAUUCUCGCAUCCCUCUCUGUUCUAUCCGCCCGACACAGCCACACUCUUCCCUUCCUUUCCACUCUGGUGCCGACCCGGGGCUGUUGACCCUCGCAGCUGUCUGUGAACCAUGGGUCUCAUCAAGAAAAAGACCACGGCACGUGGCAACGAAGGAGGUGUGAAGUAUGUCUGCGAUGUUUGUGGAUCAGACGUCACUUCGACCGUUCGCAUCCGAUGCGCCAACAAUGCCUGUCAGGAUUUCGAUCUCUGUGUGACCUGCUUUUCGGAAGGAAAGAGCGCCCGCGAACAUGACCCCCGAAACCAUGCCUACCAAGUCAUUGAACAACAUUCGAUCCCCAUAUUCACCGAGGAUUGGGGUGCCGACGAGGAAUUGGCGCUACUUGAGGGUGCAGAAACAUACGGAUUAGGAUCAUGGGCGGAUAUAGCCGAUCACAUCGGUGGCUAUCGAUCGAAGGACGAAGUCAAGGAGCAUUAUAUCAGCACGUAUCUUGAUAGCUCCAGCUUCCCUCUGCCCGAACACUGCAGUAUUGAGAAUAAAGAACUCUGUGAACGGGUACCGCGUGAGGAAUUUCAGCAAAGGAAAAAGAGGAGGAUAGAGGAGAGGAAGGAAGCAGCCAAAAAUGCACCACCCGCCACGCCAAAGCAGAAGCCGACAGCCAGUGUUCCCGCCUGCCAUGAAGUCCAAGGAUAUAUGCCAGGCCGAUUGGAGUUCGAGACUGAGUAUUUCAACGAAGCGGAAGAGGCCGUGCAACACAUGCAGUUUGAACCGGGCGAUGGUGUCAACCCACGAACCGGAGAGAUGGAGCCGGAGAUGGAGUUGAAAAUGACAGUGAUGGAAAUCUACAACUCCCGUCUGGAUGCCAGAGUGGAGCGAAAGAAGAUCAUAUUCGAACACAAGUUGCUGGAGUAUAGGAAAAACGCUGCGGCAGAUAAGAAACGUACCAAGGAGGAACGAGAUCUGCUCAACAAGGCCAAACCAUUUGCUAGGAUGAUGAAGCACGAUGAUUUCCAGAAAUUUUGCGAAGGGCUUACCUAUGAACACAAUUUACGGCAGGCCAUUGCACAGCUUCAAGAUUGGAGGAACAAUCGGAUUAGCACACUGAAGGAGGGCGAAAAGUACGAGCACGACAAACAAAACCGACAAGCACGCGGUCCUCCCAUUGGCCAAUUUGACCGCCUUGCAUCGAACAGGAUGGCAAAGCCAACUCCUCCUUUCGAGACUGCGUCGGCAGCAACUGCUCUAACGGCUCCUGAGCUACCGGAACGUCUAAAGAAUGGGGGGCUCUCAACUCCCCCACCUGACCGUGCACCGAAUGGAGUUAAUGGCGUAUUGACACCCCAGCACUCGAAGAUCAAAUUUACCACACGUCCACUGCCCAACACCGUUCCGUUGAAGUUUGGCAAGGAGGUUGCUUCGGAUCUCCAGCUUCUAACUCCAGAGGAACGCGAAGUGUGCAGCGUCCUUCGAAUAAUGCCCAAACCAUACCUAGCUAUAAAGGAGAACAUGAUCCGCGAAGCAUUGAAGCAAGGCGGAUCCUUGAAAAAGAAGGUGGCGAGGGAGAUCUGUAAAAUAGACGUGAACAAAGGAGGCCAGUUGUUUGAUUUCUUUGUCCACAGUGGAUGGAUAGCGAGGGCAUAGAGGAAGCCAGCACCGUGUAGGAAUUCGAGUAUCAUUCUACGGAGCUGUUGGGUUUCAAUGGGCCGGCGUUGUACUGAUGAUUUAUAUGGAUACCCAGCGGCGAGAGAUCUCCCACCAAUUCAAGUCAAGCAUUUGUUCUACAGAUG